UUAUACCCGUACUAGUUGUACGCUCUUGCACUCACUUGUCAUCGUUGCCCGUAUAACAAGUAUGGUUUGGUCUCGGGUUUCCAAGUGCUGGUACGCUUGUGCUGUAAGGUCUGGCUAUUAUGGUCAACCAGCAACGCAGGCGAGGUCACGGUCGUACUCGCAUACCAGUCUCUUGCCUCUCGUUCGCGCGUCAAACAAUCUUGUACUAUCAUCAGGAUCCUUUCAUGACGAGAAUAAGACACAUUGGAUCGCUAGUAGGAAAGAUGAAACGUUGGUUGACAAGGAGCACGUUUACCCUCUCUUCUUGUCUGCAGCACCUUUGUCUUGUUCUUCAUCUCCUAUCGGAUUUUUGAGGCAGGACUUAUUUUCGGCAUUGCUCGAUGACCACAGAGUUCAACUUAGAUUGCAGGGGAAAUCACCAUGGGAUAUUCGAGUUCGUGGCUCGUCCGCAAAUGGUGAUCCAGCAGGCUCACCUUGGGCAAUGGCUUUUGCGCCCUGGGUUAAUGCUGGUGGAAGGGAGCUAAGGUCCCAUCAUAUUGGGAGGUUGGUAGACGAAUGGAGGGAAGGCGGCAUGUUUCGUGAUAUGUUAAGAGGCUGGAGUAACGAGGCAUACCCAAUUUAUAACCCUGCUCGGAUUGAAUCUUUUGAAGAUUCGGUUGCAUUCACUGUAGAACGAACAUCUCUUCCCCUUUUUGGCUUUGCAAACUUCGGGUGCUUGCUUACAGCAUAUUUCGACUCCAAUGACACUGGCAAGAGGAUGUUGUGGGUACCUCGGCGAUCCAAGACAAAGCGCACGUGGCCAGGCCGUUUGGACGUGACCGUUGGCGGGGGAAUUGCUGCAGGCGAUAGCGCUCUUUCCACAAUAGUGCGCGAAAGCUCAGAAGAAGCAUCUCUAGAUGCAUCAUAUGUUCGACAGCAUAUUCGCUCAGCUGGACUCCUUCCGUUCCCUAAUCGCUCGCCAGCAGGAUGGGUUCUUCCUGGCGUUUACUAUCUAUUUGAUUUACCCCUACCUGCUGAUGGCUCUGUCUUUCCAAGAACAAAUGUGGCCGACGGAGAGGUGGAGAGCUUCGAGUUGAUGGAUGUGCAGAUGGUGCUGGAGAACCUAAUGGAGGGCAUGUUCAAACCUAGUUCUGCCCUCGCUCUUGUGGAUUUUUUGGUUCGUCAUGGAUAUGUGACUGACGAAACAGACCCUGCAUAUGUGCAAUUAUGCCUUCAAUUAAAAAAGGAGUUGCCCUGGCCCCUGCCUCGCUAGUCAGUUUGGUUCUUCCAUUUCAGCAAAGGAGCUGGUCGAGCUUCAAUGUCACAUUAUCUGCAAUCAUAUUUUUGGAAGAUUCUCUGUC